UGUAACUUCACCGGUAGCCCAGCGCGCCCCGCCGCCUGUCGCCCACAACAGCCCGCAUCAUCAUCACCAUCAUCAUCAUCAUCACCAUCCUCAUCCUCAUCCUCAGCAGCAGCAUCAGUGUGAUGAAGCAGCGGAGGACGGAGACCUUCCUGCUCUGAGACACUGGAUCAGCCCGCAGACAGGUGAUGAUACACACUGAUGAGCCCAAACAUUAAGACCACCCCUGCCUAAAAUGCUGUUGGGCCUUCAUGUGGCACUAAAACAGCUUGAACCCACCAAAGCCUGGACUGUACAAGACCUCCGAGGGUGGCGUGAUACCUGUGGUGUCUGGUAGUAAGCAGAUAAUCAGCGUCAUUCAUCGGAUGACUGAGGUGAUGAACUCUCUGGAGCCGGGGACGGAGGACUUCAGCGGGGGAGGAGCAGGUGGAGAUCAGGGCACAAUCUUCCCAGAUACCCAUGAAAGGUAUCCAAAGCUGUCCAAGAGGCUUCCCUCCAUCGUGGUGGAGCCGACAGACGGAGCCGAGGUGGAGAGCGGAGAGCUCCGCUGGCCGCCCGACGAGCCGAGCUCUCUGGACGCCCAAACCGAGAGGCAGAGUGCAGAGGAACAAACUGCAGAUGAGGAGGAGUCGAGUGUCGGCGCGGAUGAAGAGGCUUCAGGGGCGGAGGCGCAGGACUCCAACUGAGCAGACUCUCCUCCUGUGAAAUCCACUGUUACUGUGAGUGUGUCCAGACUUGGAUGAGUUAAAGAGAGUUCUGUAGAAGAGCACGUUGUGUGGAUAGAGAGAUCACGGAGACAGAGGAGGAAUGGUAGAAAAACAGAUUCCCAAACCCCAGCUCACGGGCUUGGAGCCAGAGUCGAGUCGGCAACUUCAGAAUAAAUUUACAGAAGGUGUUUUUCUUUUCAUGUACACAUCUGUGCUGAUGAAGGAGCUUUUUAUGACACAUGUACGCCAAUAAAGAUGAUUGAAGGGA